AAGUCCGAAUCCGAAACAAAACAGCUCUUUGCUUGUCCUGCUGAAUUCUCAGCUUUGCUCCACUUUAUUCAAUUAAUCUACAAUAUUAUCGUACAAUUUUGCAAAAACAUUGUUUUUAGUAUUCUUUAAAAAUGUUGCAAACCAUGGAAUGUUUAGAAACUUUAAAAAAUUAGGUCCAGGCCUAUUUAGAUCACAGUUCUGAAGGCCAGCUGCAGUACACUGUUGACAGGAGAUCCUUCAAUCUUCAGCUUCAUCACAGACUUGUAACAAAGAUAGAAAUUAGCUGUAAGAACUGAAUUUUCAGGUUUUCAACAUGGAUCCGAUGUUUCUUUCCUAUUCUCAAGUCAACGGGGUCCCUCAAGAAUCAAAACUGGCAACUUACAUGCGUCAAAAUAAAGGACCUCCUGUAUCGACAGUUGGUGUAUCUUCCCUUGUCAAAAAUGUUUCUGGUCUUUCUUUGGACCCUUUAUCAAGUUUGGCCAUGAAAAAGGGCCCCGAGUUCAUGCCACGCAGUGUGUCUGCCGGUUCCCCCAACCUGGUCGCUGCCUAUUCAAAUCGGAAUCAUUUAGUUGAAAGUCCCGCCUCUCCCCCGCACACCACCCCUCCCACCACUCCUCUCCCCCUCAAUUGCUCUCCCACUCCGCUCUUAGAUAACACGUCCACUACAUAUCAGGAGAAGGUGGGUGGCACGACCUACUAUUACCCGUCGGCGGGGCCAGUGGAUCGUGUCUCGUCGGUGGGGGUGGUAGGAGGGGUGGCGGGGGACGACAGUACAGCGGCCGUGCUGCCCCCCUCCCCCCUCACUGCCUACCCGAGCACCCAGAACCCCCACCACGCCCUAGACACCAGCUACUAUUUGCCCGACGAGAUACGGCUCGAGCUGCAGAUGAAGAAUGCGCUGACUCUCGCCCAACCGGAUCCAACUCUUUAUCCUAAUACCCCGACAGAGGUUGAAAACUAUCACGAAUUGUGCCCUCUAGAGCAGCUACCCUCACUGCAUAAAGCGCAACUCAUAGGGUUCCAGACCUCCACUUUCAAGGCCACUAAUAUUAAGACUGGAACACGUUACUGUCUCCGUAGAAUACACGGAUUUCGGUUACCAAACCAAAAAUGUACGAUGCUUAUAGAUAUGUGGAAAAAGUUGAGCCAUUCCAAUAUAGUACAGCUAAGAGAUGUAUUCACUACAAAAGCAUUUGGAGAUCAAUCCCUGGUUUUCGUGUACGACUAUCAUCCUGAUUCGGGAACUUUGCUUGCGCGACAUUUUUCGCAGUCGGAGCCUCUGAACGGCUACGCCGACCCCUUCUCGUCCAAUCCCAACGCACCUCGGCCAUACAGUCAUCAGAAGAAUGCUCUCCUCAGACAGCAACACAGCAAUUCGAUGCUGUCGGAAGGAACGAUGUGGAGCUACGUGAUCCAGCUGACGGGGGCGUUGCGGGUGAUCCACGCGGCCGGCCUGGCCUGUCGCUCGCUUGACCCCUCCAAGGUGCUGCUCACUGCGCGCUCACGGAUACGCAUCAGCUGUUGCGGCAUAUCCGAUGUCCUCACCUUCGACCCCAACGCUGCCAAUCCACUCGCGUUGAUGCCACAUUACCAGCAAGAAGACUUGACUGCCCUAGGAAAAUUAAUUCUAGCCUUAUCGUGUCGUUCUCUAAUGGCUGUGCAAAGAGAAAAUCUUCAAACGUCGCUGGAUCUCAUGGGUCGCUCCUACUCCAAUGAUUUAAAACAUCUAAUAAUGUAUCUAUUGUCACAACAAAGACGUAGUAUAGUUGAUUUGAUGCCAAUGAUCGGAGCUCGCUACUAUUCGCAGUUGGACACAAUACAGAUGCACAACGACCAGCUGGAAAACGAAUUGGCCAAGGAGAUGGAAAACGGGCGCCUCAUGCGGCUCAUGGUCAAACUAGGAAUCAUCAAUGAGCGACCUGAACUGAAUCUGGAUCCCACAUGGGCUGAGACUGGUGAUAGAUAUAUGGUGAAGCUGUUCAGGGAUUAUCUGUUCCACCAGGUCACCGAAGAUGGCAGACCCUGGCUGGAUAUGUCUCAUAUAGUUCAUUGCCUCAACAAACUCGAUUCAGGAUCACAAGAGAAGAUCUGUCUGAUGUCUCGAGACGAGCAGUGCAUCCUGGUGGUGACAUAUGAAGAGCUGAAACACUGUCUGGAACAGUCAUUCGAUGAGAUUGUGAGCGUGGCAGGCACCAGCAAGCCAGACCCUGACCAAGUCAACCCAUAGUACAAGUGCUAACAGUAUCUGUCCGACUAAUUCAAUUCGAAAUAGAUGUAUUUUUAUUGUUAUAUAGUAUAUUAAUUUAAUAUACAGUUUAGACAAACUUCAACAACUAUGUUAUAUUCGUCGACAACAGAUUGAUAUUUUUUUUAACAAGGCCUACUUGUUAUCCUAUCAGAGUUCACAACAAUCGGUUGGCCCACCUUCCGGCGGUGGCGCUAAGCAAUUCUUGCAGUUGCGUAUUUUGUGAUAUUAAUUCUAAUAAUUUAUAUAAGCUGACUGCAAUAAGGUUAUAAGGAUAGAAACAAUCUUUCUACAGUGAAAUUGUAUCUAAGAAAGUGAUUUAGGUGAUUUUGGAGAUGAAUUGAAUUCCCAGUUUUCAACUGACGUUAUUUUAUUAUGCAUUCAAUACAGGAUUUUACUUGUUCAUAGUUUUCUCUACUUAAGGCAAGUGUUUUAUAUUGUCUUAUAAACCAAUAAUUUUAUUUAUUUAUGUAAAUCAGUUUUAGAACAAAAUUGAAUUUUAUUUCCACUUUUUAUCCACACAUUCUCAUUACAAUUAUUACUUGGAAAAUAUUGUAGAUUUUUUUCUUGAAACUGGUUCUUGACAUUCUGCUUGUCAUUUUAUUACAAUCAUUAUCAUAAUAUCCUACCGAUUGCAUAACUCAUGCCUAUCUAAAGAUUAAAGUAUCAUGAGAUUAACUUACUUGCAUUUCAAAUCUUUUAUAUUUGAAUUCGAUUAAUUAUGAUGAUAAUUAUUUUUCUAAAUGAACAUUUACAUUACAACACCAUAGUGUUUCAUAUACAUAUAGUAUGUAUAGAUAUUUUACUAAUAAUUUCACAUGACAAAUUUUUAGGAUAAGUAAAUUAGUGAUUGGUCGUUUAUCCAUUUUCAUCAAUUAAACACGUGAGAUUUUCCUAAAGGUCAGCUCUCAGCUUUAAUUUCUAAUUAACUUUAAUUAUUGUAUUCAAAAGAAUGUUUGUUUUUAUCUACUGCUUCAUAUCUAAACAUUAACACUAAAGCAAUACAUCAGUCUAGUGAUUAGAUAGAAUAGAAAUGUUACUUUUCUAAACGAUAUACUUGGAGUGAAAAAACUGUAGCAUAUUCAAUGUUUCAACAGUCUUCCUUUUUGCUCUGUAGAGAAAGUAAGUUAGUACAUCUUUUGAAAAUGUUCUGCAUGAAGUUUUCUGUCCAUUCUUGUUCAGAAAUUAGCUAUUGGACAAUAAUAUAAUUCGGUGACUUUGAUUUUUCCGCAUAUGAAAAUAUAAAUUAUUAUUGGAAAUAUUUUGUUAAAUAUUGAUAAAUUUCUGAAUUUUACACAGUUGUUUCUGUAGGAAAAUUAGAGAAAAAAAUAAUAAAACGUUAUCAAUGACAUUUUCAUUUAUAGGUUCUUUUAUAUGAUAUUAUCAGGUGUAUUAAGCAGUGGAAUGCUAUGCAGUAAUAGAAAUCUAUUCUAUUCAAGUCAGUGUUAGAUGUAUUUUUUAGUUUUAAAAUGUUCUGCUAAUUUAUUACGAAACCCAAUGCUUGAUUUGAGUGUUCUAUAAUUUUCAUAACAAAUGUUUUAUAAGAAUCAUUGUUGAUUUGUGACACUUAUGAUCUUUAAUUUACUUUUUUUAUAAGUCUCGAAGAGUUAUAAAAUUCUACGUUGAAACUUUUUUUACCCAUGCUCAUUAUCUAAUUGAAUUCCUUACCAAUUGAUGCUACAAAAUCUUAUUUUUAUCAUUUACCAAUUUCAUCACUUGCAUGAUCCGAUUGGUGAUAAUGUAUUUUUCGUAUUUCAAUUGGUAAUAUUUUAUUGUACUUAUACUUUUUUAAAGUUAGCUAAUUUUCAGGCAUUCACUAUUCUCGAGACUAGUAGGUUGUGAAAGUUAAUAUUGUUAAUUUAUAGUAGUUUCAUUUAAAAUAUUCCUUACGUAAUUCAAAUUUCAAAUAUUUAUUUUCACUUGUUUUUUCUGAAGACUAAUAUUGGAUGUAACAAAAAUUGUAAAAUGAGUUGAACCAAUUUGAGUGGAAGAUUUUAAUGUGUUAAAAAGCAGUGAUAUUGUUAUGAAAGAUUGGUGACGACUUUCUAAAUUGUUCUUCUUUUUUUACAAGAAAUCUUGAUUGCUUAUUCAUACUAUGUAUGAGAUGUAUUUUUUAAAAACAAUUGAAUAAUUUAAUUAAACAAGAAUAAUAGUGAAGUGUAUGGUAAAGGACUGAGGUUUGACAGCGUGUCUAAUACUAGUAGUUUUUUAUUGAAACUAUGAGUAAUCUAUCAUUCCAUGAAUGGUUUCAGUUGAAACAACCGGGUAAUUGAAUUUUGAAGAAACAUUCCGUGCUACUGAGAUGAUGAAAUGAACUAUGGUAUUAAUAGAAACGACAAAUUAUUUAGGAGAUAUUUUAAGCUGUUGUUGAAAUUGCUCUGAAGGUUACGUCAAUUUGAGCUUUGAUUGUGCUAUGUAGACUUGAGAAUCUCAAUCUGAUUGAUAUUUCAAUCAUAGAAUUAUCAUUUACAAUUAUGUUUAAUUUGAUUUGUAAGAUUGUUGGAGAAUCCUCUUAGCCUUUAUAAGUCAAUAUAAUCAAUCAAAUAGGAGGAAUAUUAUUUUUUAAGAGUCUUUCCAUUUAAAAAUCAUACGAAUAUAUUGUUGAAUUUCAACCCAAAAGUCAAAUUCAAUGACAUAUUAUUUUGAUUUUUGGUAUAAUUCUCCCUCAAUAUAUAUUUCAUGUUUUAAACCGUCGACUUAGUCGAAUCCUUUAACUAACUUAUACUACGGAAAGAUAAUCCCUGUUUUUCUCAUUCAAAUGCUCUCUUUUGGAGUACUAGCUUGAAUGUGCAGAACAUAGCUUAACUUUCAAUUAAUCCCGAAAUCGCAUAACUUGUAACAAGAGUAUUGCUGUUAUUUUCCCUAUGAUUGUUUUCACAAUGCAUAAUGUAAUUUCAAAACUUGAUAGUUGUUUCAUUCCAUAUAUAUAUUUUUUUCAAUCAUUCCAUGAUUUUUCAAGUCCAGUAUUGUUGUUUUUAUAUAUUUUUCAUACUGAACUUAUUGAAAUUAUUUAUUGAUAUUCAAUUUGCAAAUUUUACAAGUUGUUAAUUGAUUACUGUUUGUUGUAGUUUAGUUUGUUAUAUCAAUCUGUCCUAAACAAUCAACAUAUUUAAAAAAAUAAUAACCUGUUUUUCAAGAUGCAUCAUAUAAUUCCUGAGAUUAUGAUAUAUUCAAGAGAUACAGUUUUAUCUUGAAAAUCAUUUUAUGAACAUCACCGUACCAAAAGCAUUACAUUUUAAUUAAAACUCCAAUUAUUUAUUAUUGAUCAAACUGAAAACGCAUUGUUUUGAUACAAUAAUUUAUUGUUUCAAUAUCAUUGAUGAAGCAUAGAUUUGUUUGAAAUAAAAAGUUGCCUGCCUGUUACAAAUUUACAAAGAUACAUGGAGAGGCUUCACACUAAUUUAUCAUUUUUCGUUCAAAAGUUUUUAUAAUUGUACAUAUAAUACUGAAAUAAAUAAAUAUUCUGAUAUUAUUUACAAAAUAUUUAUCUAUUUCAUUCAUUGAAUAUACUUUCCAACUUUAUGUUUGCUGAGUUCUGUUUAAUCACUUAAUGCUUCACUUGAACGCGCACAGUUCGAUUGUCAUUAAUUUUAGAUUGAUUGUUUACAUUUACAAACAAGGCUCAAACCUGUACCUUGGGAAAUUAUUUAUACAAUUUAUUCUCAUAUGUGAUUAAUUGUAAAAUAUUGUAAAAACGAAAUAUUAAUAAAAAUAUUUUACCAUA